ACCGGAGCAGGACCGGCCGCCGCUCCCUAGCUCGCUUGCUCGCUCUCGCCGGAGCAGCAGGAGAACGCCGCGCGCUUGGAGGCGGCUCCGGCCGGGCAGCCGCCAGCUCAUCCCCGCAGCGUCCGGGACUCCGGGCGGCUCCGCGCCCAGCUCGGUCCGCAGCGUCAGCUCGGUCGUCCGCGGCCCGGGCUCCGGGCAGGGCGAGCAGCAAGCCUCCGCCGCCGCCUCUCUGCGCCCCCGGGGCAGGCGGGAGCGCAACCGACCCCUCGCCGCGGCUCAGACCUCGCCGGCGCGCGGUUGGUAGGAGGAGAGCAUUGGAGCUGUUUUCUCUUUGAUGCCAAGAUACGUCAAGCUAGGAGCAUUCUCUUUUCACACUCAUCCGUCAAGAACAGGCCUGCAGGACGUGGGGACCAAGACUAGAGCUUUGCUGCUCCCUGGCCACUCCCGGCUGUCUGGGGGCAUGGCCCGUGUGGGCAACUGAGCACUGCCUGAGUGGCAAGGAGCACCAGCAUGGGUUACCCCGUUGGCCGCCCUCAGCCACCCCGCUGCUGAAGCUGCCGUGGAGAGACUUGUGGGGGCUGUCCCACCCAUGCUCACCCAGGCUGUGGGGCCAGGGGCCUGCCAAGGCUAGGAGUGGGGACUGCCGUUCAUGGGUCUCUAGGGAUUUCCGAGAUGCCUGGGAAGACAGGCUGGGGCUGGUGGUGGGCCCGACUGCCUCUUUGCCUGCUCCUUAGCCUUUAUGGCCCCUGGGUGCCUUCCUCCCUGGGGAAGCCCAAGGGCCACCCCCACAUGAAUUCCAUCCGCAUAGAUGGGGACAUCACACUGGGAGGCCUGUUCCCAGUGCACGGCCGGGGCUCGGAGGGCAAGGCCUGCGGAGAACUUAAGAAGGAGAAAGGCAUCCACCGGCUGGAGGCCAUGCUCUUUGCCCUGGAUCGCAUCAACAAUGACCCGGACCUGCUGCCCAACAUCACGCUGGGCGCCCGCAUUCUGGACACCUGCUCGAGGGACACCCAUGCCCUCGAGCAGUCGCUGACCUUUGUGCAGGCGCUCAUCGAGAAGGAUGGCACGGAGGUCCGCUGUGGCAGUGGCGGCCCACCAAUCAUCACCAAACCUGAACGUGUGGUGGGCGUCAUCGGUGCUUCGGGGAGCUCAGUCUCCAUCAUGGUGGCCAACAUCCUUCGCCUCUUCAAGAUCCCCCAGAUCAGCUACGCCUCCACAGCCCCUGACCUGAGUGACAACAGCCGCUAUGACUUCUUCUCCCGUGUGGUGCCCUCGGACACGUACCAGGCCCAGGCCAUGGUGGACAUCGUCCGCGCCCUCAAGUGGAACUACGUGUCCACGCUGGCCUCGGAGGGCAGCUACGGCGAAAGCGGCGUGGAGGCCUUCAUCCAGAAGUCCCGGGAGGAUGGGGGCGUGUGCAUUGCUCAGUCCGUGAAGAUACCGCGGGAACCCAAGCCCGGGGAGUUCGACAAGAUCAUCCGGCGCCUCCUGGAGACCUCAAACGCCAGGGCGGUCAUCAUCUUUGCCAAUGAGGAUGACAUCAGGCGUGUGCUAGAGGCAGCUCGGAAAGCCAACCAGACGGGCCACUUCUUCUGGAUGGGCUCGGACAGCUGGGGCUCCAAGAGCGCGCCCGUGCUGCACCUGGAGGAGGUGGCCGAGGGUGCUGUCACCAUUCUCCCCAAGAGGAUGUCUGUGCGAGGCUUCGACCGCUACUUCUCCAGCCGCACGCUGGACAACAACCGGCGCAACAUCUGGUUUGCCGAGUUCUGGGAGGACAACUUCCAUUGCAAGCUGAGCCGCCACGCGCUCAAGAAGGGCAGUCACUUCAAGAAGUGCACCAACCGAGAACGCAUUGGGCAGGACUCGGCAUACGAGCAGGAGGGGAAGGUGCAGUUUGUGAUUGAUGCUGUGUACGCCAUGGGCCACGCGCUGCACGCCAUGCACCGUGACCUGUGUCCCGGCCGCGUGGGGCUCUGCCCGCGCAUGGACCCCGUGGACGGCACCCAGCUGCUCAAGUACAUCCGCAACGUCAACUUCUCAGGUAUUGCGGGGAACCCCGUGACCUUCAAUGAGAACGGAGAUGCCCCUGGCCGCUAUGACAUCUACCAGUACCAGUUGCGCAAUGGUUCUGCUGAGUACAAGGUCAUCGGCUCCUGGACUGACCACCUGCAGCUCAGAAUAGAGCGCAUGCACUGGCCGGGGAGUGGGCAGCAGCUGCCCCGCUCCAUCUGCAGCCUGCCCUGCCAGCCGGGCGAGCGGAAGAAGACCGUCAAGGGCAUGCCCUGCUGCUGGCACUGUGAGCCCUGCACGGGGUACCAGUAUCAGGUGGACCGCUACACCUGUAAGACCUGCCCGUAUGACAUGCGGCCCACAGAGAACCGCACGGGCUGCCGGCCCAUCCCCAUCAUCAAGCUGGAGUGGGACUCGCCCUGGGCCGUGCUGCCGCUCUUCCUGGCCGUGGUGGGCAUCGCCGCCACGCUCUUCGUCGUGGUCACCUUCGUGCGCUACAACGACACGCCCAUCGUCAAGGCCUCGGGCCGCGAGCUGAGCUACGUGCUGCUGGCCGGCAUCUUCCUGUGCUACGCCACCACCUUUCUCAUGAUCGCCGAGCCCGACCUGGGGACGUGCUCUCUGCGCCGGAUCUUCCUGGGGCUGGGCAUGAGCAUCAGCUACGCGGCCCUGCUCACCAAGACGAACCGCAUCUACCGCAUCUUCGAGCAGGGCAAGCGGUCGGUCAGCGCCCCGCGCUUCAUCAGCCCCGCCUCGCAGCUGGCCAUCACCUUCAGCCUCAUCUCCCUGCAGCUGCUCGGCAUCUGUGUGUGGUUCGUGGUGGACCCCUCCCACUCGGUGGUGGACUUCCAGGACCAGCGGACGCUCGACCCCCGCUUCGCCAGGGGCGUGCUCAAGUGCGACAUCUCGGACCUGUCGCUCAUCUGCCUGCUGGGCUACAGCAUGCUGCUCAUGGUCACGUGCACCGUGUACGCCAUCAAGACGCGCGGCGUGCCCGAGACCUUCAACGAGGCCAAGCCCAUCGGCUUCACCAUGUACACCACCUGCAUCGUCUGGCUCGCCUUCAUCCCCAUCUUCUUUGGCACUUCUCAGUCGGCAGACAAGCUGUACAUCCAGACGACGACGCUGACGGUCUCGGUGAGUCUGAGCGCCUCGGUGUCGCUGGGGAUGCUCUACGUGCCCAAGGUCUACAUCAUCCUCUUCCACCCGGAGCAGAACGUGCCCAAGCGCAAGCGCAGCCUCAAAGCCGUCGUCACCGCCGCCACCAUGUCCAACAAGUUCACGCAGAAGGGCAGCUUCCGGCCCAAUGGGGAGGCCAAGUCUGAGCUCUGCGAGAACCUCGAGACCCCGGAUGGUGAGACCGAAGCCCCGCUGAAGGACUCUGGGGCCCCUGGCUUGUAGCUGAGGGCCGAAUGCGCUUCCAGGUUCUGGAACCCAAGGAUUGGAUUUUCUGUUGGAGACAGCUCUGGUCUUAGAGGGACAGCAGGGCCUAACUGUCCCUCACCUCCUCACCGCUUUCUCUCCUCCCCCCGCCUGCCCUGGUGCCCCUGGCCUCAGUGCCCGUUUCCCCGCGGCUGGUGGGGCUUUGGCUGCUCCUGCUGCAGUUUUCCUUCACCUCUGAGCCACGGCUGCUGACGGCUUUACAGGUUUGGAAACUCAAUUUUAUCAGUUCACCCAGGGGGUGAUGGAGCCCUGGGGAACUGAUUCUCACCGGCCUGGCGGCCUGCGGCUCGUGAUUCACAUGAUUCACGGAACCAGCUGCCGCCUCUUUUUCUGACCGUGCUGGAGAGAGCGGGGGUGGAGACGUGGGGCUGGGGGAGACCCUCGGGGAAAGAAGUCUGGGCCGAAGGGCCAUGGCUCUCUCGCGUCACAGGUGGGGAAACGAGGCCUAGCAGGGCGGGGGAGGAGCUGCCAGAGGUCACAGAGGGAGGGAGUUAGAGGCUCCUGUCCCCAGAGCGCUGAUCUGCGCACCCUCCCACCUCCCUUUCAGCACCGCAGCCUUCGUGGCCCAGCUCCUUUGCCCAAGUGUGCCCAGCCCAGGUCCCUCCUGGGCGCUGCCCCCUCCAAACUGCCCUGUCCAUGGCCCUUCUUCCCUCGUGCUCAGCCGGCACCCCAGAGGCACAUGGGUCAUUUUAGAAACAAGGCGGUGAGUCUUGGCACACCGUAAGCCUCCUCCGUGAAGUCACGGGCCCGUUUGCUCCCAUUGUUCCUGUCCGGGUGGCACCUGAGACUUGCCCCUUCCUGGCUACGGCCCGGCCAAGCGAUCGUUCUCAUUCUGCUUGAGUAUUUCCGCUGAUGGGGAGCCGAACUACCAUGUAAGGCCACCCUCUCCACUCAGGAGAAAGUUCCUCCUUUCGCUUCACGCCGCCCCUCCAGCCGCCCCGCUCGUCCUACAGGGUACCCCUCUGCUCACCCCACCCCCCACAACUUUGCUUUGGGCACACUUGAUGGGCCCUCCGGGAGGGGGACCCGGCAAUCCUGCCUAAGUCGGCGGGCCUUCAGCUCACCGGUGUGGUGGGCGGGCAGGAUUGGGGACACGUGCUUCUUCCCUCUUACUCCAUCCGUUCCCACAGGGCUGUGCUGAGGCCGGGCUGUCUGUGUCUGUUCUGCCCAUGGAAGGCAGAAGAGGGGGACGUACGGGAGAAACAGUUUUAAUCAAAUGGCUUGCAAGUGGCACACAGCCCUUCCACUCACAUGUCAUUAGCAGGAAUGUCAUUGAGCGCGGAGUGUGGGAAAUGUGGUCUUAACUUGGCAGUCAUGGGCCCAGCACACAGGGUAAAGAGGAUCGGAGGGUCCAGCGUGCAGCCUGCCACACUGUUCCCCCUCCCUGUCCUCUGCUCUGGGCCGGACACCCUGGGUGAGCCUGGCGGAGGCACCCCUUUUCUGAGCGGACAGGCCCAAUGGAGCGUCAGGGCAGCGGUGCGCACCAGGGCUCCGUGCCCGUCCCUGUCCAGCCUCCUCUGUGCACCGGCGCUCAGCGUCCACCCCCGGCAGCAAUUCUGACCUUGAUUACUCUCCACUGAGCUGUCCCAGGCCGUGGAGGGAGACCCAGGAUCCGGACAGGACAAAAGCAAGGACCUGGCCAGAGUCCUCACCCCUCUGGCCUCAGUGCCUGGUUUGUCGCAGGAGGGUGGCCCUUAUCUGGCCUUGUCACUAGGCUGCCGUGAGACCUGAACCCUGGCCCGGUGGAGGUGGGGUAGGCUUAUGCUGCCCCGAAGAGCUGACAUUCUCAUCCAGCUGGGGGUGGGGGGAGAGGGCCCCAGGGGGCCGAGACCAGAAAAUCGGGGUACCCAGACACGCAGCCCUGGUCCCAGCGGUGGCUGAGUGAGGGCCAGAGUGAUGGGUGCAGAUAGGGGAGACUCAAGGCUGGGGUGAGACAGGGACGCCCAGAAGUGGGAAGGGUAGCCACACCAAAGCCUGGAGGCCUUCUGCCUUCCUUGGGAGAGGGACGGGGGCCGAGUUAGUCAAAGGGGCCGGCUGGUCAGCUAGUCAGUGUCUAGCCUCGCAGGGCCCCGGGGCUGGUUCCAUCGUUUAUCUCUCUGUCCCAGCUCACCACUCCCGUCCCCUAGGCUGCAAGGCUGUGUUUAAUGUCUGUACUUCGCAUGUCCUCUUCCAGAAUGUGUGCUGUCGACC